GCGCCCGAGCCGCCGAGGAAGGAGCGGGGUGCUGAGUGAGGCUGAGAGCUGGGAGAAAAGAUGUUCACGGUACUGACCCACCAGCCAUGUGAACAAGCAGGCCUCAAGGCCCUCUACCGUACUCCAGCCAUCAUCACCUUGGUGUUGUUGCUUGUGAGUGUUGUGAUUCUUGUGUCUGUCACACUCAUCCAGAUCCACAAGCAAGAGGUCCUUUCUCCAGGACUGAAGUAUGGAAUCGUGCUGGAUGCCGGGUCUUCCAGGACCACAGUCUACGUGUAUCAGUGGCCUGCAGAAAAGGAGAACAAUACCGGAGUGGUCAGUCAGACCUUCAAAUGUAGCGUGAAAGGCUCUGGGAUCUCCAGCUAUGGGAAUAAUCCCCAAGAAGCCCCCAAAGCCUUUGAAGAUUGUAUGGGAAAAGUCAAGGGGCAGGUUCCAGCCCACCUCCAUGGGUCCACCCGCAUCUACCUGGGAGCCACGGCUGGGAUGCGCCUGCUGAGGUUGCAAAAUGAAACAGCAGCUAAAGAAGUCCUUGCAAGCAUCCAAAGCUACUUCAAGGCCCAGCCCUUUGAUUUUAGGGGUGCUCAAAUCAUUUCUGGGCAAGAGGAAGGGGUAUAUGGAUGGAUUACAGCCAACUAUUUAAUGGGAAAUUUCCUGGAGAAGAACCUGUGGCAUAUGUGGGUGCAUCCACAUGGAGUAGAAACCACAGGUGCCCUGGAUCUAGGUGGUGCCUCCACCCAAAUAUCCUUCGUGGCAGGAGAGAAGGUGGGGCUGAACACCAGCGACAUCGUGCAGGUGUCCCUGUAUGGCUACAUGUAUACACUCUAUACGCACAGCUUCCAGUGCUAUGGCCGGAAUGAGGCUGAGAAGAGGUUUCUGGCAAUGCUCUUUCAG